GUGCUGUUCCGUUUAUAGUCUCCCCACACCUCUUAUCUCCGGUUCCUGAUAAGGCGUUUUGCGGGGAAGCGAUACGAGGUUGUGGAUGCCGAUCGCGACGUUCCUAUUGAAGUGGAUUUCGAUGCCACCAAUUGAAAGCGAUGCCGGUGCCGGUCCACUAUAUCUACUAAAUCCUGUCCAUAGGAUACUGGUUGAUGAAGCUGCCAGGGGAAGAUAACUCUGCGCAGUGACAGAAACAAAUUUGUGAGAAUAUAUCGCCACCUAGGAGACUAUUCCUUUGCAACCUUGCCAAUCGAUUCGAGUUCACGUCCGCACGAUGGCUACAACCACGAAAGUGGAACAGAUGAUCACAGUCCAUAGCUCUGGAGGGAGGGAAGAGAACGUGAUACCGGAAAAGUACCUAGAAGGGUUAGAUGUUGAAUGGCAGGAGAUGUGGACAAGGUACGGAAGGGACAUGGAAGGGGCUCACUUGGUGACUAUCGAACAAUUUCGGCAGUGCCCUGAAAGAUACAGCUUUACCUACCCAACUUGGACAGGCCCCGAAGUACAUCAUCUUCAAGAUUAUCAAGUCCCCGUCUCAAAUCCCGAAGGAUCGAUCACCUGCCGGGUAUAUACACCCCCUGGGCUGGGCCCAUUCCCAGUACACGUUAACUUUCAUGGAGGCGGCUGGGUACUUGGAGGUCUGCAAUCUGAAGCUGCUUGGUGUCGUAGCAUCUGCAAUGAGUCAUCUAUCAUUGUCAUCGAUGUGGAUUAUCGCCUCGCGCCAGAACAUCAAUAUCCUGUUGCGCUGUAUGACUGUUGGACCGCGGUGCAAUGGGCACACACAAACGCGCACGCCCUCAACAUUGAUCCCAACUCCAUCUCAAUUGGGGGACUGUCUUCGGGUGGACUGAUCACAGCAGUUGUUGCCCACUUCGCGCGCGACUGCUCCCCCCCUCUCGAACUGAAACUUCAACUGAUGGUGGUGCCCGCGACCGAUAUGCGAUACGUACCGCUGUCUAUAACUGAUGCUGAGCCCCUUACCCCAGAAAAUUGCUCGUAUCCCAGUGCCAUAUUCUGCUCCGAUCUACCGUGGUCCCCGCUCGCCCGAGAGUCUUGGUUCCUGAAUUACUACAUUGGCACGGACGAAGACGUCCGAUCGGAGAUCCUCUCAGAUUGGAGAAUGACUCCCGUUCUCUCGCCCUCUAUGAAGGGACUAGCCCCAGCACACAUCGUCACGGCCGAGUUUGAUGUAGAAAGGGAUGAAGCUGAGCACUAUGGGCAGUUGCUUCGUGAGGCAGGAAAUCGAGUAACCAUGAAAAGGUACGCGGGUGUGCCACAUGCGUUUGCCCAUUACAACCAUCCAACUCGGGGUCUGAGCAAGAGCCAUGAGUACAUCAGAGAUACGUCAAAGCUUCUUUCCGAGGUGCACGGUACCGGUCAAGGGGACAAGGUGCCGUAG